CAUCACAGAGACUCCUGAAGAGCCCGGCUGUGGGCCUGGGUAGUGAGCACCUGCAGGCCUUUCCAGGGACAGCCCUGCACCGUGAGCCCAACCCAGUCCAGACCAACCUGCCGCUCUGCCCCCGCCCGGGCCUGCCCCUGAAGGAGCUAGCAGAUCAGCGGAGCAGCUCUGGCUUCCUGCAGCAGAGCAACCUGGACUCCCCGGCCAGGAGGGCCCCAGGCAGAGCCAGGGACUCUGCCCUUCAGCAGAGCAACCUGGGCAUGAGGGAGACCAGCUGGGCUGCCAGAGGGGCUCCUGCCAGCCCCCACCCCUGGCCCCAAGCAACAGCCUGGGGACCUCCCCUUCCCAGAGGGCCUCUCGCCUCCUCUGCCUGCAGGCUGAGGCCCUCCCCUGCCUACCCUGGGGCAGCGGCCUUCAGUGAGCGGAGUUGGCCGGACUCCAGGCCCUUCUGCGAGCUGGGGAGCUGGACCUCCAGGCUGGAGGGGGAGCCCCUCACUCUGGAGGACCUGGCUGCUCCUGUCCACAGCUGGCCUCAGGGUGCGAUGCACCAGCUUGUGGCCUCCAUGCAGCACCUGGAGCUCCAGGUGGCCCGUCUUGGGUGUGGGGGUCAGGCAUCCCAGGAAGCCACAGGGUCCCCCAGACAGAACCCCCAGAUCAGGGAGAACCAACCCAGCCGGCCCCUUGGUGCUGUGUGGGCUGAAAGGAAAAAGCACUGUGCGCAGCCCAGGGAAGCUGCAGGCCCCCCCGAGACUCACGGGGUGCAGGCUGGACCCUCGGUCUGGGAGGCAGGCUGCCAGCUGGAGCUGGAGGGCCUUCCGGUGUCUCUGCAUACACAGACAGCCUCCCUCCGCACCCCCAGCAGGCGGCUGCUGUCCAGAUGUUUCAGAGCCUGGCGACACUUGGCACAGAGAUGGCAGGCCGUGGCAGCAGCACAGGCCCAGGGCCGCCAGUACCUGCUGUGUCAGGGUCUGCGGGCGCCGUGCUGGGCCCUGUGGCUCCGGGAGGCCCACCUGGAGGAGGCGCGGGCACAACACAUGCAGGCUCUGCUGGCUCAGAGCUUCCAAAAGGUCAGGGGAGAAGGGUUUUCUUUCUUUUUUUCCCUCCACCCCUCCAGGUGCUUCUGGACCUGGUGCUGGUUUCUGCAAAGACAAAGACCAAAGUACCAGGAGUGCCUGACUGGGUGCUGGGCAGGGAACCUGAGGUGGCACCUGCAGCUAUGGGUACGGACGAAACAGCUCCGGGCACUGGAUGGGGCCAGGGUGACCCAGCUGUCACUUGCUUAUCUGCUUCUCAGGGAAGGUGGUCCUCUGCAUCUCAGUCCCUGGAGGGGCCCAGCCCAGGGCCCAGAGAUGGUGACGCCACCCCAGAUGACAGGCCAGGGGACUCUGCAGCCAGCCUGCUGGAGACUGGCAUUCUGCCAGGUGCUGCUGCUCUGGAAGGUGCGGCUGUCCCAGCGCCGGAGGGCCACGUCCCAGGGCCUGGCUUAUCCUAGGGCCCAGCGGGCUCCCGGGGCCACUGCCCUCCCGGAGACCCUCCUGCGAAGUUUUCUGGGGGCAGCAAGGAGGUGGCAACAGAGGCAGUGCCUUUUGCUCUGGUGGGCAAGGCUUCAGCAGAUCCAGGGCACUGUGAGCUGGCACCAGUGCAGCUGGCAGAGACGUGUCCUCCUUGGCUGGAAGCUCUGGGCCACCACCCAAGGGGCCCGGAUGGAGCUGGCCGCCGUUGGGCUCGGGGUCAAGUUGCAGGGCCUGUGGCGACAGUGGCUGUCACAGCAGUGGCAGGCAGAACAGGGGGGCCUGGGAGCAGGCCGGAGCCAGAUGGGAGGUGCCCUGCAGCACCGGCAUGCCUGCCUGAGGAAGCAGCAGUGUCUGCAGGCCCAGUACCAGAGGUGGGUGCAGGCAGCAGCUCAGCGGAGAUGCUCAGAGGCUGGGCCAGAGCGGCUCCAACUGCAGAGGCAAGUGGGUCUGGGUGGGUGCGGAUUCAUUCCCACCCUCUUCCAGGCCUGGCGUGGGGCUGUGGGAGGCAGGAGGGCUCCCCGGGCCAAGUCUCUGGCCUUGCAGGAAACUCGAGAUGGCGUGACCCAGGCCUGCCUGGGCCACUGGAGGGGCCUUGAGCAGGAAGGCCAGGCCCAGCUGGUCUCUGGAGUGUGGCAAUUGGCCUUGGGCUGGAGCCGAGAGACCCACCCACAGGGACCAGAGAAGGCUAAGGCCCAAGCCCGGCUGGCCCUGUGCUGGGCACCUUGGUUGUAUGAGUCCCAGCUGCACCAACUCAGCAGAGCCCGUGCUGCCCGCAAGCUGAGCACCAGGUAGUGCUUUUACUUGGGCCUUGGCACUACUCUGGGGUGGAGGGAGGUUAUCUGAUGUCUGCACACCAGGGCUUGGGA